AUGUCUCUCGCUGGCGUGCGAGGCACCUCGCGUGUGCUGCGCGGCCUUGCGAGGCCCGUUGCCGUCACCACCACGUGCGCGCGGGCCUCGUCCUCUUUGAGCCUCGAUGGUCAGCAACAGUUGCUCUCAGCCCACCUCGACAAGGCUGACCCCGCCGUCUUCGACAUCAUCGAAAAGGAGAAAAAUCGCCAGAAACAUUUCAUCAACCUGAUUCCCUCCGAAAACUUUACCUCCCAGGCUGUUCUAGAUGCGCUUGGCAGUGUAAUGCAGAACAAGUACUCGGAGGGUUAUCCAGGUGCCCGUUACUACGGCGGAAAUGAGUUCAUCGAUCAAGCCGAGCUUCUCUGCCAACAUCGCGCCCUCGAGGCCUUCAGCCUUGACUCCAAGGCCUGGGGCGUCAAUGUCCAAGCUCUCUCCGGUGCCCCCGCGAACCUCUACGUCUACUCUGCCUUGUUGAACACCCACGACCGGCUAAUGGGCCUCGACCUACCCCACGGCGGUCAUCUUUCGCACGGAUAUCAGACCCCAACCAAGAAGAUAUCAGCAAUCUCCAAAUACUUCGAGACGGUGCCCUACCGCCUAGACGAGUCUACCGGUUACAUCGACUACAAUAAGCUCGAGGAGAUGGCCACCAUCUACAGGCCAAAGAUCAUCGUCGCCGGCGCCAGUGCCUACAGUCGCCUUAUCGACUAUCAACGCAUGCGAGAAAUUUGCGACAAGGUCAAUGCCUACCUCCUUGCAGACAUUGCCCAUAUAUCAGGCAUGGUGGCCGCCAAGGUCCUUCCUGGCCCCUUUGCCUUUGCCGACAUCGUCACAACCACAAGCCACAAGAGCUUACGAGGUCCCCGGGGGGCCAUGAUCUUCUACCGAAAAGGCGUCCGGAAACAAAACCCCAAGACGAAAGAGGAUGAACUCUACAACCUCGAGGGGCCAAUCAAUAGCUCCGUCUUCCCCGGCCACCAGGGCGGUCCUCACAACCACACUAUCACUGCCCUCGCUGUUGCGUUGAAACAAACCCAAAGCCCUGAUUUCCACGCCUAUCAAUCCAAGGUUCUAGCCAAUGCAAAGGCAUUUGCUAAAAGGCUGAGCGAGCCCAAGGGCAAGGGCGGCCUCGGAUAUCAGCUCGUCAGCGGUGGCACUGACAACCAUCUAGUCUUGGCCGACCUCAAACCACAAGGCAUUGAUGGAAGCCGAGUUGAGCGUGUGCUAGAGCUGGUCGGGGUCGCUGCGAACAAGAACACCGUCCCUGGAGACCGCUCGGCCCUUGUCCCUGGUGGUCUUCGCAUGGGAACUCCAGCUAUGACCACCAGAGGCUUUAACGAGGACGACUUUGUCCGCGUCGCGGAUGUCGUAGACCGGGCCGUGACCAUUACCACCCGUAUCGACAAGGCUGCUCGGAAAGCGGCGGAGGAGAAGGGCGAGAAGAACCCCGGCAGGCUCAAGCUAUUUAUGGAGCAUCUCGGUAACGGCGAGUCGGAGCCAGAGAUUGUACAGCUGAGGAGCGAGGUCGAGGACUGGGUUGGCACAUACCCUUUGCCGUGGGAUACUUCACGUUGA